CCUCACCACACCACGCCACUCUCCUCCUCGGCUCCUCCUCGCACAGCACAGUCACUCUCCUCCCGGCAGCAGGCAGCUGCUAGCUCCCUGCUGCCAACCAACUCCACCAACACAAGCAGGAGCGCGGACGAGCCGAGAGGAGCCAUGGCCAUGGACGACUCGUCCUCCGGCUCCGAGCCCGAGCCCACCUCGUCGUCCUCCGUGGAGGCUCCCGCGUCCCCGACCGCGUCGUCCUCCGACUCCGCCUCCGCCGCGGGCAGCGACAGCAAGAAGCGGCGGCGCACCAAGGACGGGCACCACCCGACGUACCGCGGCGUGCGCAUGCGGGCCUGGGGCAAGUGGGUGUCGGAGAUCCGGGAGCCCCGCAAGAAGUCGCGCAUCUGGCUCGGCACCUUCGCCACCGCCGAGAUGGCGGCGCGCGCCCACGACGUGGCCGCGCUGGCGAUCAAGGGCCGCGCCGCGCACCUCAACUUCCCGGAGCUCGCGGGCGAGCUCCCGCGCCCGGCCACCGCCGCGCCCAAGGACGUCCAGGCCGCCGCCGCGCUCGCCGCCGCCGCGGACUUCCCGGCAACGCCCGCCAAUGCAGCCGGCGCCGACGACGACUGUGGCCCGGACGCCAGCGCCGCCUCCGACGACGUCUCCGCCUCCGCCUCGCCACCGCCGGCAACGACGCUGGACAACCCCGACGACGCGCUGUUCGACCUCCCCGACCUCCUCCUCGACCUCAGACACGGGGCCUCGUCGUGCCAGCUGCUCUCGUGCGCGCCGUCGUGGUACGACGACGUGUGCUUCUCCGGCGCCGCCGCCGGUGCGUUCCGCCUGGAGGAGCCGCUGCUGUGGGAGUACUGAGUCCAAUAAAAUACAGUAGAAUAUUUUGCUCAGUCGUCGACACGAGAAUCAAAGUUAGACCACGCGGCUUCGAGAGCUAGCUGCUUCGUUCGUGUGUGGCUAUGGACUGUAAUUGCGUCAGUGGACCAGGAACUAUGGCGAUCGAUGUAAACCAUGCAUGCAGCUAGCUGGACCAGCAGAAAUGGAACCUAAUUAGAGCCAUUUCUCCUUUGCGUCUGCUCCUCCAGAUUUAGAAAGCAAACCAUGUAUAAAAAACCAAUUCAUCCCCGGCCCGUUCCUUUCGCUCCUCCAGUGUCCAGUCUGUCUGUCUUUGCUUGGAUUGUGGGGCAAGAAUAUGGUAUGGUGCACGACUAACCGCGCAUCUAGCUAGCUCUUCUUUUUUUUUUCCCUUUCAUUCAUUCAUUCAUUCAUUCUCCGCUGCCCAUUAGGGUUAUUAUAAAUAAUUUCUUUUAGUA